AAAGAGGCCACGUCUCGGGGUCCGGUCAAAACCCUCCUCCGCUUCGAAAUCCGUUGAGCUCGCCGCCGCGAAAUCGUAACGAACUAGCGCCGCGCCGCGCCGCGCCGCGCUGAUCGAGCUGCAUGGAGCGGAGGCCGCAGCCGUCGCCGGUGGUGGCGCCGGCGCCGGUGCCGCCGCCGGCGAGGAGGAAGGGCGCGGCGGUGAACCGGAAGUGGCUGGUGGUGCCGGCGGCGGGGGAGGAGCGGAAGGUGGAGUUCGGGAAGCACCAGAUCAUGAAGAUGACGGGGCUGCCCGGGCGCGACCUCCGCGUGCUCGACCCGGUCCUCUCGUACCCGUCCACCAUCCUCGGCCGCGACCGCGCCAUCGUCGUGAGGCUCCAGGGCGUGAAGGCGAUCAUCACCGCCACCGAGGUGCUCGUCCCCGACCACGAGGACGUCGUCCUCGCCUCCUUCCUCGUCGACCUCCGCGCACGACUCUCGCACCCGGACGCGGCGCCUAGCACGAAUCCGGCGACUGAUCGCGGCAACGGGAUGGAGCAGCGAGAUCAGGGGAACGUACCACCGGCGCUCAGCAUUGUUGGCACCACCAAGAUCCCGCCCUUCGAGUUCAAGGUGCUCGAGGUUUGCCUCGAGCACGCCUGCAAAAGCUUGGAAUCUCAGACUCGCUCUCUGGAGAAGGAGGCGUAUCCGGCCUUGGACAAGCUGGGAUCAAAGGUUAGCACGCUGAACCUGGACCACGUAAGGAAUCUCAAGAGUCGCAUGGUCGAUCUCUCAGGGCGCGUGCAGAAGGUUAGGGAUGAGCUGGAGCACUUGCUGGACGACGACAUGGACAUGUCGGAGAUGUACCUGACGAGGAAGCUCUCGUUCCAAGGACUCAGUGGGUCGCUGAGCAGAGCGGAUUCAAACAAGUAUGCAUCAGUCGAUCAUGACGAUGAUAGGGAGGAGGAAGGCCAUGAUGAUGAGACAGAAAGUGGCCGCGAAAGUUCCAUCUAUGUUAAGCCGGAUAUUGAAGAGCUGGAGAUGCUUCUGGAAGCUUACUUCGUGCAGAUUGAUGGAACACUGAAUACUUUGUAUCAUAUCCGUGAAUACGCGGAUGACACUGAAGAUUACAUCAACAUAAUGCUGGACGAGAAGCAGAACCAGCUGCUGCAGAUGGGCGUGAUGCUGACGACGGCGACGGUGGUGGUCACCGCGGGCAUCGUGGUCGUGAGUUUGUUCGGCAUGAACAUCCACAUCGACCUAAUGAAAGAUCCGGAGACCCCCGAGAUGGCGAGGAUCUCGAACAUGCACUUUUGGGAGACCACCCUUGGCACAGUUGCCGCCUGCAUUACUGUAUAUCUCCUAGCGAUCUACGCUGGGAAGAAGAGCAAGAUCCUGCAGUGAUGCUCCUAAACAGAGGAAGCGCCAGGUUGCAAAUUCUGCAGCCUCACUGGCUGCAGUUUUCCGUUGUGUAUGGAUGCAAUACAUUAUUGUUAGUUUUAUGUGAUGUAGGCCAGCAUAGCA